GAAAGAGGAACCCGAAGGGCGCGGGGUCCUCCUUCCGGGAAGCAGCAGCGAACGGUGGAAAACUGGCGGAGGAGGGAGUGCGUCUGUCAGAUCCUGAUCCGGGUGGGCUGAGCCGUGGGGGUUCCUGAUGAAAAGUCCAGUUGGACCCCGAGCCCCAGGCGUGGUUUGGCUGCGCUUGACCAGCAGCACGGCCUCACCUGUCCACUUCGAUUUGCAGGCCCCGGACCGAGGGUCUGCCGGGCUCCAGGAGGGCCAGACCCUGAGCUCCGGGACAUGGCACUCCAGCGCGCCGUCCUCCUGGCCAGCCUCCUGGUGGAAGUUGCCAGUAGAUCCUCAGGAAGUGCGACCUCUUUCUGGAGCUGAAAUAGGGCCUCCACAGAGCUGCCCCCACUGGCACUGGCCACAGCUAGUGGGGCGGGCAGAGACGCCCACUUCAGGCUCAGACUCGGCCAGGUCAUGGCUCUCCCAAGCCGGCGACACAGGUGUGCCAGGCUGUGGUUUCUGGAGGUGCCCGGCCAUGUCUGCACACACCCAGCUGCUCGUCCUGCAGGAUGUGUGCCAGUCCUGGGAAGCCAGCUCGGCCGGGAUGAACGCACGGAGCAGAGCUGCCCCGGACGCCGCCGUCUGGUGUGUGAAUGCGGCGCCCACAUCGCCCACUCCUGCACGUGGGCCUGGCCGGCGUGUUUGCCUCCUCCCCACCCUGCUGCUCUGGGCCAGACCUUUCCUCUGUGCGGGCCAAGCUGGAAACCCCGAUGCAGGGCCAGCAGCCCAAGUGUUGUGUGGACGUGGUGGACACCAACACCACCUGCCCAGGCACUAGCCUGUGUGGCCCAGGCUGCUAUGGGCACCGGGCCGAGGACGGGACUGUCAGCUGCAUCCGCUGCAGGAACGGAACUCACAACAGCUCCGAGUGCAGAGGCUUCGCUGCCCGGGGCGCACACUUCCCCAUGAACAGGAGCACAGGGACGCCCGGGCGGCCGAGCUUUGGGGGCCCCCAGGUGGCAGCCUCCCUCUUCCUGGGGACGUUUCUCAUCAGCUCGGGCCUCAUCCUCUCCGUGGCUGCAUUCUUCUACCUCAAGCGUGCCAGUAAGCUGCCUGACGUCUUCUAUGGAAGAAACAAAGCCCCCGGCCUGCAGCCUGGCGAAGCUGCCGCGAUGAUUCCCCCACCUCCGUCCUCAGUGCGGAAGCCGCGCUACGUCCGGCGCGAGCGGCCCUCGGACAGGGACGUGGGCCCCUCUGCCGUCUCCUCCGUGGAGGCCCGGGUGAGCAACGUCUGAUCCCGCGGCCCAUCCACAGCCCCGCGUGCUGCCGAGGGGGGCCCCACACGAAGGCUGGGCGCUGCCCAGUGAGGCCUCAGGACAGGCCUGCACACGGCCCUGGCUCGUCCCUCUCCAGCCACAGAUGUGGAGUGAGAGCCGCCUGCCUGCGGGCCUUCCUCACCGCACACAGCCGCUCAGCGUGACUGACCCGGGGCAUCACUCCGGCCUCUGUCCCUGAGCCGGGCUGGUGACCCAGGCCGCGUGGGGUCCAGGCUCCUCGGGAGAGACAGCCUGCAGGACCUGGGUGCUCCUCCGCCUUGGAGCCCAUGGUGGGCAGACCCCCUGCGCCCCCUCUGAGAGCAGUGAGGCCGAGGCCUUCGGGGGGUCCGGCCGCAUCCACACACAGGCAGUUUGGGGCCUGCAAACCAGCCCCCGGGCUCAGGCGCCCGCAGAGCUGUCCUGCACGGCCACAGCUGCCCGUUUCCACGCGCUGCAGGAGUGAGUCGUCUGGUCUCCUGCUGACUCUCAACCUGUGUUUAAGCAGGAAGCAUUUUGUAUAGAAGUCCCAGAGGCACGCUGUCCUCAUGUGCACCCCGCCUGGGCCCCAGGCACUGGGACGGACACUGGCCUGAAGCUGCUGGAGGUCAAGGCCCCCCAGGGACGUGUCAGCCCGGGGCCACGUUUACCUGUGACUGCCACCUGGGCUGGCUGUCUUGCUGGACCUGCCAAGGGCCGCCCUGGCCAGCAGUCUCGUCCCGCUGCCCCCGCCCCGAGGCGGCAGCCCGUGUUCCCUGCCUCGGCCGGUUGCGGAGGGAUGGCUCUGGGUUCCUGUGGAAACGGGGGAGCGUCGGGGCGCCCACUGAGCACGGGCAGGGUGCUGCCUGGCCUCCCCAGAGCCUCCGCGGGGACUGACGUUUUCUCCUCCGGCGUCUGGUCCACGUCCGCGGGGCCCACGGCAGGGCCUGUGUGGCCAGCCUCCUGCUUUCUGCACUGGGAUUCCUGCUGGGGUGUUUGUGGUUUAUGGACACGAGCUCGGUCGCCAGGACGUGAACGAUGACUGACCGGCAGCCGAGAGGGGCGGCCACCUGAAAUCAGCGUCAAUAAACCACUCAGGCCUUU